AUGUAUCAAUAUCAAAAGUUUGUGUUGUUAUCAGUUUUUCUGCUCUUUAUUCAGCAAACUUCAGAAUCACCAGUAGAAAAAACAAGAAAAAUAAAACCCGAAAAAGUGGAUUUGAAUGUUGAAGUUUUUUGUGUUACCAACUCAAGUUGUAUAAAUAAUGUCUUAAAUAAAAUUGUGAAAGCUUUGAUGACAAGAAAAAUAAUAAAUUUAGGACUGUUUUCAAUAGAACCAGUGAAAAAUAUCAAAGAAGUAAAAGGUAGAUCGCUAUCGAAAAUUUGGAAAAUUAUAAGCAACAAUGCUUUGCGUGUGCCUUUUGGUGACUAUUCAUUGACGCUUCAGAAAUCACAGGAAUACGAAAAUUUCAUGGAUGUUUCCAUUGGAAAGGUUGUCGAAGGCAGAGGCCCUUUUGAGAGAAAGCAAUUACAAUUCUUUGUUCCAGCUUUUCUAGUAGCAUCACAAGCUGGUUGGUGGCUUUUAGCGUUAGCUGGUGUUACGAUUUUGUCUACCAAAGCUUUUAUAGUUGCUAAGCUUGCUCUUAGUAUUGGAGUUAUUUUGACUUUAAGGAAAAUGUUUGAAAAUUAUUAUGGAAUAACGCAAUAUUAUGAACCCCAGGAACCUAUGAUGGUACCGUAUAAUUAUGACAUUAGUGGAUAUAGUGGACCAAGCGGGUUUCCCAAUGAGUUUCAUCCAUCAUUCCAAAUUGGACCUGAACACACUGCAGCGUUGCAUUCAAACGGUGCUCUUGGCUCAGAAUCAAAUCAUGUUGUGACGAACAUUACUGGAAACCAUGUGACUCCACCCCUUUUAACAUCCUCUUUCACAACAAUAGCCAGACAUCCUUCGGUAAAUUUUAACUACCUCGCCAAAAGCCCGUAUUUAUUUAGGAAGCCUUAAAAAACAAAAUAUGAAAACCAAAAACCUCUGAUCAAAUUGGAAAAAAUGUUCACUUAUUUAACGUAACGAAAAUCUGUUGAUUCUUCUUUAAGCUAUUUAUUUAACUUCUUGACCCUGAAUUGAACAACCAAAGAACCGAAAAAUAAAAGAAUAUAAAAAAAAUAUAAGUAAUUUACAUUAUGAAGAGAAAAGUUUGUGAGCAUUAAGAGCUUUUGUGGGUGAACAGAAUCUUUAAAAAAGGAUUUGUGAUUUUAAAAAAGGCAUCCUAUGCAAGCUUUAAAUACAAUAAAUAAAAUGUUUAUUUGUACACCCU